AUGCUGGAGGACACCGUGGCCCGCGUGGUCACCGCCAAACUCGGCAAGUAUGUCAAGGCUAUUGAGCCUGAGGCUCUCAAGGUGGCUAUUACCUCGGGUGUGGUCGAGCUGGAGAACCUGGAGAUCGAGCCGGCGGCCUUUGUCGACUACCCUCUCGCCGUCGUCUCCGGCUCGCUCGCCAAGGUCUCCGUCCGCAUUCCGUGGAAGGUCUGGUCGACGCCUGUCUCUAUGGAGGUCUCGGGCGUCCACCUUCGUCUCGGGCCCAAGCGUGUACCUGACGAUCGCGAGCGUCUGGCCAUCAAGCGUGCUCGCCUCGAUGAGCUCGCCGCAGACGACGCUCUCCGCAUCGAGGCCGCCCUCCGCUCCAAGGGCGCCGGUGCGCCCGUUCCCGAAACCGACAAGGCUUCUGAUGGUAUGCUUGAUCGUCUCGCCACAAAGAUGGCCGAGAAUCUGCAGGUCACCCUCACAGACGUCAAGCUCAGCUACAUCGAGGACGGUGAGCUCUCCAUGGGGGUUACCCUCGACUCGCUCGCCUUUACCUCGACCGAUGAAGCCUGGGUCCCCACCUUUGUCGAGAACUGCUCCUCCACCCUCAUCCACAAGCUCGGCUCGCUUUCGGGCCUCUCCAUCCACGCCGACGUCAGCUCGACUCCAGACGCGGCCAGCGUCCUCCGUCCGCUCGAUGGCGAGCUCAAGGUUGCCAUCGUCCGCGAUCCGGCCUCAUCGCCCGAGACGCCGCGCAUCACCGCUACCCUCGGCCUCAACUCGGGCGUUGACCUCGCCCUCGACUCGGCCCAGUGGCAAGCUCUCGCGCGUGUCCUCGCCACCUGUUCCAUGUACUCCAAAAUUGCCCGCCACGCCUACCACUUGCAGGACAACGACCUCGCCGCAGACGCCGACCAGCUCGCGGAGCGCUAUUCAGCGCUUCUCCUUGCCGGCCCCGACUCGGCCCCUGACGAGUGCGAGUACCUCGAGUCGGCCCUCCCGCUUGCUGUACUCCGCGCCGCCCGCCGCAAAGUAGCCCACGACGCCCUUGUCGCCUCGCUUGCUGCGGAAAAGGCCGCCGCAGAGCUCGCCGCCUCGCAAUCGAUCGUCUCGCGCCUCUUCUCAUCGUGGUGGUCGUCGCCGUCGCCUGCGCCUGCAGACGAUUCCGCUCACGCUCCGCCCCCUACCGUCCUCACCGACGACGAAAUGGUCGAUUUGCUGGGUCUCUCGUCGGCCGACGAGCUCUCCGCUCUCUCGUCCGCUGACGAUCUCCCGCCGUCGUACGUCCUCCUCGAUGCCUCGGUCAAGCUCUCCUCGCUCUCACUCGCCCUCACCGAUGCUGGGGACAAGCUUCUUGAUGCCACCGCCACCAGCCUGGGCCUCACAGCCUCGGUCUCAAACUCGGGUUUUGCCUUUGACGCAAGCCUGGGAUCGUUCCGCGUCGCCGACACCACCGCCAAUACCGACAUUGUCUCGUUUGGCGACUCGGCCCAUGCCCACGCCCUCACCUGCUCGCUCGCCAAGUCGCUCUCGGCCGAUCCGCACCCGCUCCCGCAGUACAGUCUUCGCAUCCGCUCGCUGCCUUGUACCGCCGGCAUCUCUGCUUCCUCGCUCGGCCGGCUUGUUGCCGCAUUCUCCGUCCCGCACAAUGCGCUCCUCGACUCAAUCUACGCUUCGUACGCCGCCCAGCUCAAGGAGUUCCAGCGCGUGACCCUAGCGGCUUGUGCUGGCCGCUCCGUCAUCAAUCUCGACAUCGCUCUGCAGGCCCUUACUCUGGCCCUCGACUCGGAAGUUGCCCUCACCACAACCGGCCUCACCGUCGUCUCGUUUGCCGGCGACGCCAAGGAUGCCGCCCUUGCUGGAAACCACCCCCAGCCGGCUGACGUCCGCACCGUUGUCACUGUCGACGCCACCGACGUCGCGCUCUCGGCCGGCGGCGCCAACGUCAUCGCUCCCACCUCGCUCGCCCUCCGGGCCCUCGACCUCUCCUCGGACAUCCUUGACGUCUCUUCCACCCUGCCUGAGCUUGUCUUUGCGCUUCCGCCCGCCCAGGCCGCAGCGCUCCUUGCCGUCGCCACCUCGUACUCGGCUGCGCUGGCCUCGGCCCCGUUGCCGCUCCCAAUUGCCGCGUCAGAGUCUGGCGAGACCGACGCCGAUGUCGAUGCCGAUGCCGAGACCAAGACCGAGGCUGAAGACUCGCUUGAGGACUCGGACCAGUUUUUCGACGCGGCCGAUGACCUGGAACCGAUCUCGUCUUCAGCUGUUGCUCCUGCUGCCGAGCCAGCUGCUGUCUCGGCCCGCCUCGCCCUUCACGUUCCGCGGCUGGAGCUGGUGCUCGAGCCUGUCGGCACCGACCGCCGCCUUCCGUUUGUCGUCGUCACUGGUGUCCAUCUAGACUACGCCCACUCGGCCGAUGCAAUCCUCCUCAACUUUGCUGUCCCGUCGGUCACUGUCAUCGACCCGUGCUCCGGCGUCGCUCUCCUCUCCACCCCGGAUCAUGCUGAGGCCUCGGCGCUCGUCGAGCUCAAGUACUCGGUCGCGCUGGCAGCGUCGCCAGUCACCCACUCGCUUCACGUCGCCGCCGCACAUCUCCACGUUGUUCUCCUCCCGCCGCCGCUCCUCGCUCUCCACGGCUACGUCCGCUCGGCCCUCGCACCGCUGCCCAAGGCCGAGACCAGCCCGGACGUCCAUGCUGCGCCAGACGCCGCGCUCGCCAGCGCGCGCUGGACUGGUGUUGUCGACGCCUCGGCCUCGGUCAACUGCAUCACUCUCGACCUUCUUGGCGAGGACUCCACCGCCCCGCUGUUCUCGGCCGAGCUCACUAGCUCGUCCGCCGCUGUAGCUCGCGCCUCUUCCGGCGAGCUCACCGCCUCGCUCACCAUGGGCAACAUCUCGGCCUUGGACGCCACCCUUCCGCUCGACUCGCCCUACGCCGACUCGCUCAUCACGCUCACCGAUACCCACGCCGCACAAGUCAAUCUCUCUUACGACCCGGCAUCGGCCGCCACCCUUGUUGCCCGUCUCGACAUUCCGUCGGUCCGUGUUGUCGUCCUUGCCUCGACACUCACAGUUGUGUCGAGUGUGCUCGGCAAGCUCGGCGCUCUCCGUCCGGCCGUGGAAAACACUGCGUCAUCGCUCGCCACCACAACCAUGGAGACGCUCGCCACCCAGACCUCGCCUUCCGCAUCCUUUGCCUGCCACGCUUCGGUCGCCUCACCAGUCAUCAUCAUCCCGGCCUCGCCCACCUCGCGCGAGGCCGUCACUCUUGAGCUCGGCACCCUGGCAGUCGCUCCCGCAAGCGGACCCACUGCCUACACUCUCUCGCUAUCGCAUGUCGUCGCUGCCGUCUACGCCGACGCCGACCAGCCGCCGCUCCUCCUCUGCCAGCCGUUUGACAUGGCCGCUUCGCUCGACGUCGCCGGCCCCGCCCCGAUUCUCGACGUCCGUGCCGGCGACGUCACCUCGCAGCUCGCGGUCUCGGACGUUGGCCGUGCUGUCGCUAUCGUGCUGAGCAACCUGGCUGGCGCCGAUCCGGUGGCUCCGGCUCGCCCAACGCUGAGCUCGCACGAUGUCGUGCCCGCGACGAGCUCUGCUCCAGACGCGUCGUCUCCUCCGUUUCGUAUCUCGCUUCUUGUCCCACGCGUUGCACUUACCCUCGAUUCCGAGCCCGACGAAGAGCGCCCACGGCUUCCCAUCCUCUCCAUCGCUUUUGUCGAUGCCUCGCUCUCCGGCGCAGGUAGUGAAUGGAGUGGCGCACUCUCUACGCUUCUCGUCUCGGACCUCCUUGAGACCGCGGCCGACUCGCCUGCCGCUCCACUGGUCUCGUCGCACUCUGCGGGUGACUCGCUUGUUUCGUUUGCCUACACCCCUGAUGGUCUCCUUGUUGACAUCAGCGCCGUCGACUUUGCGCUCUCGCGCCUCUCUAUCGCCCGCCUUCUCACCUACCUCGACGUUCUCACCGCGUCGUCGGCAGCGCCCGAGAGCCGUGCUCCGCUUCUGGACGCGAGUGCUGCUGUUCCUGCGCCACAGCCUGCCGACGCGGCAUCGUCCGGCCUUGGCUCCAUUCGCGUCAAUCUCGCUUCGUUUGGUGUGAGUCUCGUAGCCUUUGACCCACCGUCGGGUGCGCCGCUGCCGGAUCUAUUUGAGCAAGCACCGCGCGCCUUUGUUCAUCUUGCCCAUCUUGGCUUUGCCUCGUCGACGUUCUCGCUCACCUCGACCAACCUCGCGCAUCACUUCGAAGCUCAUCUCGGCCCGCUCACUGUCACUGACACCUCGCCGUGGGCAGGCUGUCACACCGCCGUCUGCGCGCCGUCGUCCGCGACGUCAUCCGCUACCUCGGUCGACGUUGUUGUCGGCAUGGAGCCAAACGCUCCGCUCGACAUCAGCGUUGCGGUUGCUCCGCUCGAAAUCACCCUUCUCUAUCGCUUUGCCAUGGACAUGGCGGCCUACUUUGGAUCGUUUGGCACGCUGCUUCCCAAACCCGCCUCCAGCGGCAGUGCCGUGGCGUCGACGACUCUCGAGGCUGUCCCCGACGCGCCGACUCCCUACCGCCUCACGCUCGACGUGCCACGAGCUGUCAUUGCCCUUCCACGCAACGCGCUCUCCCGCGACGCUAUCGUUCUCAAGCUGGCAGGCGUGUCGGGCUCGAACGCCUUUGACCUUGACGCUGGUACCGACACACUCUCGAUCAGCAUCGGCCACGCUGGCAUUGCCACCAUUGCUCACGAGGCCGAGGCCAAUCUGGUCCUCGACGUUGCCACGUCGCUCGCCUUUGAGCGUGCCCUUGUUCCUGGCACAGCUUCAUGCCUCACCAUCGGAUUUGGGUCUGGCGUCGUUGCCACCCUCAGCCAGGAUCAGUACACCCUCGUCAACGCCUACUCGGGCGAAGCCAUGGAUGAGACCAAGGCGUCAGCGUAUCUGCAGCUCGACCGUGCACCGGCCUCGGUCGGCACUCGCCCGCCGCCUCCGGACAAGGAUCCGAGCCUGCUUCCAUCACUUGACGCCUGCACGCCAGGCGCCAGCGACGCUGAUGUCUCUGCUGCCACCUUUGUCUUUGGCAUGGACCUCCCUUCGGGCACCGUGGUCUUCAACGCGCUCUCUGGCGCAGGUCCCCUUGCCCACGCCGUCAUCGACGGUCUUGCUCUCCGCACCACUUCGCGGCUCCGUGGCGACAUGGACGUGUCGCUUACGGUCCAGGGCCUGUUCCUCCGCGACGUUCGUGAGCCAUAUCUUCGGACCUCGGUCCACGCCUCGCUCCUUGCGCCGGUUGUCCCUGCCGACGGCACCAAUGGCGCGCCGCAGCUCACCAUUGCCGGUGUCCACCAUCCGCUGGGCGCGCCCAUGCCGGGCCUCUCGUACACCGUCACUCUCGACCACUCGCAGACGCUUGUGGUUCCCGACGUCAUGCGUGAGCUCUACGCCUUUGUGUGGCCCAUCGACAACUCGCCGUCGCCGCCGCAUUAUCGCGACACCACUGCGGCCUGGUUCGACCGCCCGCUGGAGAAGCGCGCGACCCGCACCCUCACAACUGUUUUGAUCUCCUCGCCGCAAAUCGUCAUGCCUGGCGAUCACACCCGUCCUGACUCGCGUGCCCUUGUGCUGGACCAGUCGCUCUCGGUCGUCUACGAUGGCUUGGGCGCAACAGCCACCACUCGGAUCGAGUCCAAGAGCCUCGAGGUCUUUGCUGCCGACAUUGACAACCUCGCGAGCUCGGCUGUCGCCAUCCUGGCUCCCAUUGACAUCUCGGUCACCGUCUCGACAGCACCAGCGGUCCCGACUUCGGUUGUGGUCGCCACCGCCGCCUACGACGCCUUUGUCGCCUACUCGGACGUCAGCCUCAUGGCUGCUGCCGCUGCCUCGCUCUCGGCCGGCCAGACGGCCCCGGCUGUCUCCACUGAGCUCGCCGCAGCAUCAGAGGCCAAGCCUCCAUCGCCAGGCAUGGUCCUCACGCUGGCCUCCCAGUCGCUGCGAGUCACACUGGUCAACGACUCACAAGGCGAGAAUGUGCCGCUCCUUCGCCUCGAUGCGUCAAUGGGCGGCUCAACGGCCGGCGAGAACCCGCGCAUCAACGCUGCGGUGGCGCUCAACUUCUUUAACUGCGAGGUCUCAGCCUGGGAGCCGCUGGUCGAGAAGACCAUGCUUCGAAUUGGCCUGCGGCCUGCAGACGCCCAAUCCCGCGACGGCCUCGCCUUGAAGCUCGCGGUUGUGUCGCCUCUAGCUGUCACCGUCACAGCUGCUGGCCUCGGCGUCGUGCGACUGGCGACCGAGCUUGCUGCGCUCGCCACCGAUCGGUCUGACGAUCCGAACCGGGCUGCAGCGUCGGCCGCAGAACCUACGGGAGCCGGCCCAAGUACGCCAACCGCCGAGGCGCUGACCAACAAGCGAUCGCGCGGCUCACCAUACAUGGUGACCAACGCGACUGGACUUGCUCUCCGGCUCUCGGUCGACGGGUGCGUCACCGAGCUGGAGGCCAACACCGCUUCACCACUUCUUCUCCCGCUCCACACCUCCAAGGUGCGAAAGCUCGCGUCGUCCGCGGAAACGACCAUGACUGCACAGCUCCUGACCGGGCCAGUCGCUCAGGCGCUCGUCGACGCCAACUACCUUCCACUGGUUGACGAUCCCAACUGGGGUGGGGUUGACCAGGAUCUUGCUGCGCUCUUUGCGCCGAUCACGACUCUUCCGCUCACCUCGGUCGGCUCGCAUGUUGUGGCGCUGCAGUGGAGCUCCAGCGGCGCGCCAUCCGGCGCCUACCUCUACUACGAGGUCACGCUCCUGCCCGAGGGCAAGUUCCAUCUCAAGUUUGCCUCGGGCAUGGUUCUGCGCAACGACUCUGCGCUGGCGUGGGAAGUGGUGGCGGGCGCCAAGGCGACCAAGCUGUCGUUCUCGCUCUCGCGUAGCCUUGCGUCGGGCGAGUUCGUCGCCAUCCCGCCGCUUAUUCUCCUGCCUCAUCACUCGGGCCUCUCGGCAGCCGUCAAGAUCCGGCCUACCGGCGGCUACAAAUGGCCCAAGGCCGGCUUCAAGUGGCGCAAGAUCGAGCUUGUCGACGAGACCGGACUUGCGAGUCAUGACCCGCUUCUUGCAGGCGUUGUCGAAGCCGAGGGCAAGUCGAACACCGACUCGCUCAUUCCUCUCCGUGCCAAUGUCUAUGCCGAGCCUGUGGUCUCCGGCGCCGACGCUUUUCUGGCGUGUAAGGUCUACCCGGGCCACUGGUUCUCGAUCUCGACGCCGAUGGCGGUGACUAACGCGCUGCCGUGCGCCCUCGAAUAUGAGCUGGCGCCUGUGGCGGGCCAAAUCCUUUCCCGCGCCGGCAAGCUUGGUCCGCUCAACUCGCUUGAUGUGCAUGAGGUCAAUGUCCACGACGGCGCCUUCCGCAUGCGGAUCCGGGCCGGUGGCCACGAUUGGUCAAAUUGGACCGUCGUCCGCCUCCUCCCCGAGGACUUUGACGAGUGCGAUACCGCUCAGAUCGACGCGCUUGAGAGGAUUGCCCGCACCCAGUUUUUCUCGCUCCCGCAGGUUGGCGCGCUCGGCAUGGGCGACACUGCCCGGGUCUCGGUCGUGAGAUUUGCCACCGACUACGAUCCCGACACGCGGACCCACUCGGUUGUGUGCUAUGCCGAGUACUGGUUCAUCAACAAGACGCCGUGGGAGGCGCGGUUCGCCAAGUCGGGAGCGACCACGAGCAAGCACAAGGUUCUCCCCGCCCUGGCUAGCGGCGCGGCUUGUGAUGCCGAACUGUGCACGCCUGUGCCCGGUGUCGGAGUGGCCGAAGCUAAGAUCACGUUCUACUCCAAGUCGCCGUCGGCAACAACCAUGGCCGGCAAGUUGCGGGCUCGGCGCCGGCUGCGGCGGCACAGGCGGCGCGGCCGAGUUGCGCAAGCCAUCCGCCACGGCUCGGCGGGAGCAGCACCGCUGUACUUUUCCAGCUUUCCGCUUGUUGUCAGCAUCGACAAGACCAACUACUCGCCGGCCGCUAUUGAUGUCUCGGGCAACAUCGGCGAGAGCCUGCUAACUUGCGAGGAGCGGCGGCGACAGGCGUCGCGGUCGGCGCGGUACGACAUGACGCUCUCGUCUCAGGUCGGUUCCGGCCUCCUCGCUCACACGCGGCUGGUGGUCAUCCAGCCACGAUACGUGCUGGUCAACGAGACCUCUGCGUCGCUCGAGUUUACACAGGCACCGGCGAGCAGCAUACCGCUGGCCAUUCUUCCGCCGCGGUCGCGGGCGCCAGUGGUGUGGCAGGACGCCACCAUAGAGCGGCACGUCUUUAUGCGCCGUGCUGAUGGUACCGGCUGGCGAUGGACGCGCCCAUUUGGCCUUGCUUCGCUCAUCGACUGCCCAGUCAAGCUCCUCAACUACGAGACGAACACCAUGAACCUUGUGCGGCUGCACAUGGUGGUGGAGGACAAGUCGGUGGUGGUCCGUCUCUCGCACCACGUGCCCAUCGCGCCAUACCGGAUCCGCAAUCAGACUCCAUUUGCGCUAGAGGUGAUGGAGAGCGGGGUGUCGCACGCUCUGCCUGUUGCGGCGCUGGGUGAGACCGGCCUGGUGCCCGAGGCGGGCUCGGGCGCGCCAUUUGAGCUCUCGCUCAGCUGGAUGCGACCAAAUCAGAGCGAUCUUGCCAUCUCGUUCCCGUCGUCGAUAUUUGCUGCCGAAGGCCUUGCCGAGGUCCUUGUCUUGCACCCCAACAACAUCUUGCGGGUCAACGUGUUUGCCGACGGGCCGGCCAUGGUGCUGGAAGCGUCGUGGCGAGCGGGGGCGAGCAUGGCCGAGGUGUCGGCGGCGGCGGCCGAUGCGGCGGCUCGUGCGGCCGUGGUUACCGAUGGUUGGGCUGUUGUCCCGCGCCCGCCGACGACGCCGUGGACGGUGGACCUCAACAUUUUGGCCAUCACGGUCUCAGUUAUUGUGCCACACCACCCACGGCGAUUUGGUGCACCUGGCGAGCUCUUCCUUGUCUCGCUUGACGACAUCGAGGGUAAGCUCGAGGUGUUCAGUGACGGUGAGGCUGCUGUGUCUGCCAACAUCUGGGGCGCGCAAAUCGAGACUGUGGAGGCGUCGCCCAGCCACAAGCCCAAGUUCCCGGUCCUACUCUAUCCGCGAUGCAAGAAGGACAGGCGCAGCGGACGCGGCGGAGCGUCGUCGUCGACGGCAUCGUCACAGCGUGGCGAGCUACCGGUCUUUUCGCUGGAGGGAACCGGAUCUGCGUCGUCGCCGUCGGUUCGCUACAUCUCGGCACUCAUGGUUGCCGUUGCGCCUCUAGAGCUCCGGGCCGAGCUCUCGUCGCUCAAUGCGCUCAGCGGACUUGGCAGAGCAUGGCGACCGGAGGAUGACGUCUUUGACGCAGCUGCCGAGUUGCAGGCACUGGCAGAGACGGUCGGCGUGGUUGGGCCCGAGAGCGACAAGGAUGGGCCAGAAGGCGCGGGCAGUGGCGGCAAGCAGCUGUACUUUUCGUUCCUGCAACUGCCGUCGAUCUCGUGCUCGCUCACGUUUGCGAUGGAUGCCGAUCUGCUGGCGAUGGUGGCCGCGGUGGAGCGCGCGCCGCUCUCACUGUCAGACCUUGUGGCGGAGCGGUUGUUUGUCAACCCGGCGACGCUGGCGGCGCUUGUCGGGGCGCACUACUCGGGUGAAGCGCGUGCGCAGGCACUGGCGCUUGUGGGCUCGUCGGAGGUGCUCGGCAACCCACUGGGUCUGGUGGCGGACCUCAAGACCGGAGUGUCAGACGCGUUCUACGAGCCGGUGGUGGCACUUCGGCAAGGGCCGGAGGCGUUUGCCUCUGGCCUGGUGUAUGGCGGCGAGUCGUUGGUGCGCAAUACAGUGCAUGGGGUGUUCAACACCACGUCCAAGCUGGCGGCGUCGGUCUCUAAGGGCCUCACGGCGCUUUCGAUGGAUCGCGAGUACGCGGCAGAGCGACAGGCAGAUCGCGAGCGGAACCAGCCAACCGGGGCGGUGUCAGGUGUGACGACUGGCCUGCGGCGAUUCGGCAAGGGCUUGAUCUCGGGCGUGACCGGCGUGGUGACACAGCCGGUCAAGGGUUCGCGCAAGUCUGGCGCACGCGGGUUCUUCAAGGGCGUGGGCAAGGGCGUUGCGGGGCUGGUGACCAAGCCUGUGGUUGGCGCGCUCGACCUUGUCGACUCGGCAUCAGAGGGCAUCCGCAACGCGGCGUCGAUGGUGGCUGGUCCACCGGCGCCGCGGCGGCUGCCGCGAGUUGUCCCGCACCGACUCGGCGGCGUGCUCCAGCCGUACUCGCCCGACGAGGCCGAGGGCCAGCUGGCGGCGUGGAGAGCGCUGCCGCCGCAGGCGCGCGAGCGCAUGGCUAUCGGCGCCGAGGCGUUUGUGGCGAGCUUUUCCACCAACGAGGGUGCACUGGCGAUCAUUUCGACGUCAACGCUCUACAUCCUGGAUCCUGCGCCGCACACCCGCGAGAUUGUGGAUGCAUACUACGCGCGAGCGACAAGCAAGCUCCAUCCCAAGGCGGCCGGACGACUGGCGUACGAUGCACCGCUCGACUCGCUGCUGCGGCUGGAGGUCGAGCGCGGCUUUCUGGUCAUUCGCAUCCACACUUCGGUCUCGGCCGACUCGCUCAACCUUUACUUUGCGUCGAGCCGCGAGCUCGAGGCGGCCGUGAAUGCUCUGCGAGCCGCGUCGGGCUGGGCCGGCGAAGCAGGAUGUACCAGGCGGCAGUUCCGGUUCCGACUUCCCAACGAGACACUGAUCAAGGGCCGCGAGUCUGACUCGGACGUCAUGCUUGUGUGUGAUGGGUUCAAGCGCAAGGUCGCCGCGGGCUUGGCGGCGGUGCGAGGGUACACAACCGGCGCCGCGCUCACGCUGCCGGCCGACGUCGUGGAGGCCAUUCCCACCGGCGAGCCGCUGACCAAGGCUCGCCCCGACGAGUAUCCACCAGCCGGCACAUUGGUGGCGGUCGGCGAUGUGCUCUAUGUCGUUGCACCCGGACAGAAUCGGCUGAUGGCGGUCAGCACGUCGAUGGCUGUGGAUGCCGAGGUUCGAGCCGGCGCUGUCGAGAUGACCCCCCUCGAGCUCUCUGCCUUUGUGGUCCAGGUUUCAAGUUAAACACCGACACCUAGCGCUG